AUGAAGCUUGAUCUAGUUUUUGGGCUUUCUUUUGCGGUGUUGGUCGCGUCGGUUCUUCUCUCUGUGCUCGCAUACAAUUUUGUCAAGAACAAGAAGGAGAGCCCCCGUCGAGUAGCAGAUGAUACGGGCGCGUCUGAUUCAUCCGCUGCUUCGGCAGGAAGUGACUGCUACGACGUGUUCUUGAGCUUUAGCGGCAAGGAUACUCGCAAAACCUUUGUGGAUCACCUCUACAACAAGCUCGUGGAUGCUGGAAUCCGUGUGUUUAAAGACGACAAUGAGCUUCGCGAAGGUGAAAAGAUCGGGACCAAUCUUAUUUUGGCCAUUAAUAACAGUAAGAUCUCCAUCCCGAUUCUCUCUAAGAAUUACGCUUCAAGCAAAUGGUGCCUUCAAGAGCUCGUUGAGAUGACAAAGUGCAUGAAGAGUGGGCACUUUGUCUUGCCCAUAUUUUACCGGGUUGAACCGGCCCAUGUGUGA